AUGGAGCUUCCACAGAAGAAGUUUUAUCGGCAAAGAGCUCAUUCCAACCCUCUUGCAGAUCACACUUUCGAUUACCCGACAGAUCCAAGCUCCAUGGACUGGAGCAAGCAUUAUCCAAGCUACAAAGGAGAUAAAGUUCGCUUCCUGGACAUAGGCUGUGGAUAUGGAGGCCUACUGGUGUCUCUGGCUCCACUCUAUCCCUCCACUCUCAUGCUAGGACUGGAGAUUCGCGUCAAAGUAUCAGACUAUGUCCAAGAUCGCAUCCAAGCAUUGCAACACAACGAACCGAACACCUACAGCAACAUAGCCGUGCUGAGAACUAAUGCCAUGAAGUACCUGCCAAACUUUUUCGAGAAGGGACAACUGACUAAAAUGUUUUUCCUUUUUCCUGACCCUCAUUUCAAGAAAACGAAACACAAGUGGAGAAUUAUAAACAGUUCACUAUUGGCUGAGUAUGCCUACCUAUUGCAGGAGGGUGGUAUAGUGUACACUGCUACUGAUGUGGAGGACCUUCAUGAAUGGAUGGUGGAGCGUUUGUCCAGCUUCCCCCUGUUUGAACGCCUCUCGCCAUCGGAGGAGUGCAGUGACCCUGUGGUGCCACUGCUGAGUGAGAGCACUGAGGAGAGUAAGAAGGUCGCUCGCUCAGGGGGUAAGGCGUACAUCGCAUGCUUCAGGAGAACUGCAGACCCCCAAAACACUCUGUCUUAAUAACUAUGCUCAUGUAUAAUUUUUUUUAAUUCUCUUGUGCUAAUUUAGAUGACCAGUAAAUUAUUGUGAUCACUUGUACAUGUAAUAUAAUUAUAAUCAAUUAAUUUAUGCUGACAACAAUACAGUUAAAUGUAACAUGAAUAUGAACGAUUUUAUGAUGGCAA